AGUUCGCUUGGCCUUUUUUCUGCCUUCUCACUGUUGUCUGGUGUCAACCUACACCCAGUAGACAUAUCCCUCCCUCUUCAACGACUGCUUCCAAUUUGCCUUCCCUUUUCUUAUCACAAGCACUAUUGGCUUUUGCGCUGUCAGUCAGACGCCUCUACCGUAGCUGGAGUUUAGUAGCAACAGCUCGGAAACAUCUGGCUGCCGCAGCCCUUCUCUCUCCGCUCGCUCGGUCCGUCUUUCCUGCCACUGCAGGUUGUUAUGGACAUUUGUUGAAAGUCAAUCUAGUUAUUUUUCAACCUCAAGAGGAUUUGACGAAGGACGCAGGUAGACGUUGGAGCUUGUUGUCUGUUAUGAAGACAUCAUGGAGUUCCCAGACCACAGCAGACAUUUGCUACAGUGUCUGAGUGAGCAGAGGCAUCAGGGUUUCCUUUGUGAUUCCACUGUGCUGGUCGGCGAUGCCCAGUUCCGAGCCCAUCGAGCAGUGCUGGCUUCAUGCAGUAUGUACUUCCAUCUCUUUUACAAGGACCAGCUGGACAAAAGGGACAUUGUUCAUCUGAACAGCGACAUUGUUACAGCCCCAGCGUUCGCUCUCCUGCUGGAGUUCAUGUACGAGGGGAAGCUCCAGUUCAAAGCCCUGCCCGUUGAGGAUGUGCUGGCUGCUGCCAGCUUCCUCCACAUGUACCACAUUGUCAAGGUCUGCAAGAAGAAGCUGAAGCACAAAGCCACUGUGGAGGCAGACAGCACCAAGAAGGAGGAGGACGCUUCCAGCUGUUCUGACAAAGUAGAGAGCUUCUCCGAGGGCAGCACGGGCCAACCAGCCACAGCUGACCUAUUGCCCAGUGAUGAUGAGGACCUGGAGUCCAAGCAGGACUCCAGCAGCCUGUGGAUGAGGCUACCCUCCGACCGGGCAGGCACCCAGGCCACUGCCACCAGCCCAGGGGAGGAUGACGCCCAUGGCAGUCCCCCCAAGCUGCAAUCCCCAACUGGCAGCCCCAGCAGCUCUAUAGGCUCCCUGUCCAGGAGGUCUGUGGGCUCCCGUGGCUCCCGCAGAGUGUCGUCGGAUGCAGACUGUGUCCUGGACUUGUCUGUGAAGUCCAGCCUGACUGGGCCCAGUGAGGCCUUAUCCAAUAACCCUUACUUCUGUGGUGUGGUGAUGCCAGAUAGCCUGCAGGGAACCCUGGUCCAGGUGAAGCAGGAGAAGAACACGGGCUCAGACCAUGAGGACCUGGUGAGUGGCGACUACGAGAUGGACCACAGCGGGCCCAAAGCCACCACUCCCAGAACCAACGGAGGUCUGAACCACCACUUGGUCAGCAGCCAUGCUCACAGACGCCUGGAGGCCCACCUGUCAGCCCUGCGUGAUGCCACCCUGGCCAGUGAGAUGGAGCGUGACGACAAGGUCAGCAAUAAUGACAUGCUGGGCGGAGAGAGUGAGAGGGCCCAGGUUGAGACGGCCAGUAUCGACAGCACCCUGCUGCCCUACGUGUCCAACAUGCUGAACGCCCCUCACACUCAGAUCUUCAUGUGCCCCCUGUGCAACAAGGUGUUUCCCAGUCCGCACAUCCUCCAGAUCCACCUCAGCACACACUUUCGCGAGCAGGAAGGCGUGCGCGCCAAGCCCGCCAGCGACAUCAACGUGCCCACCUGCUCCAUCUGCGGCAAGACGUUCUCCUGCAUGUACACCCUGAAGCGCCACGAGCGGACUCACUCUGGAGAGAAGCCAUACACAUGCACCACGUGCGGUAAGAGCUUCCAGUACUCUCACAACCUGAGCCGGCACGCCGUGGUGCACACCCGAGAGAAGCCACAUGCCUGCAAGUGGUGCGAGCGGCGCUUCACCCAGUCCGGGGACCUGUACCGCCACAUCCGCAAGUUCCACUGCGAACUGGUCAACUCGCUCUCUGUUAAGAGUGAAGGCCUCAACCUGCCCACCCUCCACAGGGACUGGGCCAUAGAGGAUAGUUCUCAAGAACUGUGGAAGUGAAGCCUGCUGAAAUAAUCAGGACUUAUUUGUUUUUAAGCUAAAUGAGAGAGGUGUCAGUGAAGGUUGGGCAGAGAGGUAAGGGAGUUGGAGCACGGGUUGUGGGUAGGAGAGGGGUCUGAUUCACUCAUGUUUCUUGUACGUACAUUACAAAAUCUGCUUAAAUGGCACUUUAAUAGAACAUGAAGAUGUUACUACUAUUUUCAGUUCCAGUCAUUUGUUCUGUUCUAAUCUUUUAUUUGUUCAGAUUUAGUUCCAUAUAAAAAAAACAUGGGCGCUGGUAUCAACAGCCAGUGUUAUGUCAUCUUCUUGUGUAUAGAUACACUCCUUAAUCUAAGGCACACCUUCAACGACAACCAUAUGAAGUGUUCAGGUAACACAUUGACGUUAAAGAUUAUUAGAAUACACUAAACGGGUACUGUGAUCAUCAAUUUAUACCAGUACACAUAUGUGUGUGUAUUAAUAUGUGUGUAUAUAGUGCACUAUAUUUUUAUUAUCAAAUUUCAUUGGUGUGUGUGUGCGUUUGCGUGUGUGUGUGUGUUUAAGGAAACUGUGGAAAGAGGUCUGCUCUAACAAGCUUCUGCUCCUUAAGCUCUUGACUGAUGAAAGACAUAUGGCACUCAUGCAAUGUACAGCUUCCUUUUUCACAUGAAUUAAAAGUAUUUUCUAAAAUUCUUUACGAAUGAUUAUUAUACAAUUUCUUAAAUCUAUCUGCAGCCUUUAAACAUCCCUUUAAUUUCAUUUGGCUGUAUCCUAUAGGUUUCUGUAGUGAUUAUGGAUUUGGUUUUGGAAAAUGGGAUCUGAUAUUGCAUGAAGUCCAACCUGUAUAUUUGAAAUGUGAAUUACUGUAUAACUGUACACUGUAAUUGAGCAAAUAUAGAACAGACUAUGUGAAUAUCCAAGGGUGCAGUCAGUUAAGAAACCCGGAAUAUUCCAGUUAUGGAAAAUGCAUGAAUAUGAUUUAUCUUACAUUUUCUUGUUUUUUUUGGGGGGGGUGUAUUCUAAAUUAACUUAUUUCAUUCUUAAGUAGUUUAUUUAUUUUCUCUGCUCUUUUUGAGAGUCUGUCGGGACUCCUUUGAAAUGUUCUUCUGGGCUGUGAAGAUAUUGUGUCAAUGCACUGGUCUUGGGUUUGAGUUUGUGUAACGGAAUGUGAGGUGAAGUUUGUCGUCAGACUGACAGAGGUGGCAGUGUGGGCUGAAUGCCAGUAGUGACCUAACUAAUCUACUGAAGAUCUUCUCUACUGUGUUUGCCUCCCGCCCACACAGCACUUCAUCACAGUCUACUCUGCUGCAUGGUGGUCAGGGAGUUAAGGUUCCCAACUACUGUAGCUAUAUCCAGUUAACAUUCUGCUUUGGUAUUUUCUGCUUUCUCAUCGACAUUAAGUAAGCGUUGUGGGUAAUUUAUUUAUAUUUUUAUUUGGCACCUGUUUCUAACUGUGCGGCCAAUGAGAAGGUUUCACACUGAUCUAUGAGAGAGAUGCUCACCUGCUCAUGCCUGAGUACUCCUGGAGGUUAUUUCUGUUUCAACAGUAAAGCCUGUGUACUCCUGAAGGUUAUUUCUGUUUCAACAGUAAAGCCUGAGUACUCCUGAAGGUUAUUUCUGUUUCAAUAGUAAAGCCUGAGUACUCCUGAAGGUUAUUUCUGUUUCAAUAGUAAAGCCUGAGUACUCCUGAAGGUUAUUUCUGUUUCAAUAGUAAAGCCUGAGUACUCCUGAAGGUUAUUUCUGUUUCAAUAGUAAAGCCUGAGUACUCCUGAAGGUUAUUUCUGUUUCAAUAGUAAAGCCUGAGUACUCCUGAAGGUUAUUUCUGUUUCAAUGGUAAAGCCUGAGUACUCCUGAAGGUUAUUUCUGUUUCAAUAGUAAAGCCUGAGUACUCCUGAAGGUUAUUUCUGUUUCAAUAGUAAAGCCUGAGUACUCCUGAAGGUUAUUUCUGUUUCAAUAGUAAAGCCUGAGUACUCCUGAAGGUUAUUUCUGUUUCAAUAGUAAAGCCUGUGUACUCCUGAAGGUUCUUUCUGUUUUAAAUGGUAAAAGCUGAAGAAUCAGAGAGCAGCACUACACGCUCCUAAUUUGAAUGUCUGCGUGUAUCUGUUUGAGUGCUCCUAUGUACGUACUGUAUGUAUGUACACGUGCGUGUUUUGUACUGAAAGCGUAAUCCUUGCUUUUGAAGGGGGAGAAUUGGCAUGCUUGAUUGCACCAUUAAAGCUUAUUUAACUGAGAUUUAUUGCUGAAAAUAUGCCUAUAUGAAAAUUACAGUUAUAAAUUAUAGAUUCACGAAAUCAUGGAUACUAUUACAUUCAAGAGGAGAUUUAUUUAAUUUUGAAAUUAUUGAAUUAACCUUAAUAUUAUAAUAUCUCAUUUUCAUUUGAACUGUUCUUUAUUUCAAUAUUUUAUUUUGGAUUUUUCAAAUUUUUAGGAAUGUGAACAUUCUGAGAAAACUCUGCACUCAAAAAAUGGUUGUGCACAAAAAUCAUGGAAUCAAUCAAACAAAAGCAAAAGUUGAACUCAACACAAACUCAGUUGUUAUUAGUAUGGUUAUGAAUGUCUGCACAUUGGCAUGUCUGGCAGGUCCACACUGGCCCGGGGGUUUGGUUUGCUCUUCAGUGGACGUGGUGGUGGCAGCAUCAGCUGGUGACAUGGGUGCUCCUUGCCAACUGCACACACUCAUGGCAUUUUGCACAGUGGUAAUUGAUCUCUUUGCAUCCAUGGAAAAUAUAUCAUAUGUGAGUUAGCUCUCUGUUUGAAGACUUAUUUACAAUUAUUGCUGACUUCUUAUUGUACUUGACCGCCUUAAACUACUGUAAACAGCUUGGUUUUUUUCACGUUGUCACUGGAACACUGAAAGUGUGUGUAACUGGACUGUUUAUUGACCCUUUUGAAAUGGAAAGGAAGCUGUGAAAUGACCCAAUAAGCAUCUCCGUUUACAUCAAUCCAACUUUGGUUACUUGAAAACAGGAAAGGUCCAAUGGGGGAAAAAACGUUCAAAUGUAGACGACAAUGAAGAGAGGGGAGGGGGGAAAUAGAAAGAAAUCGGUUAAAAAGGACAAUCACUGUCUGAAAAAGAAGCAGAUUUUGAUUCAAAUAUAUUUGCUUCCCUGUGAGAUUUGGUUUAUUUUUCUGGAUUUAAGCAUUUAGCUUUGACAAUCAUAGUAUGUUUUGUUUUUUCUCAAGAGGAGUAAAUUCUAAGGCUGUUUAGUUUUGUACUUUUUUGGUGUGCUGUUGUUGAAAUUUUUCAAUUGUGUGCAAACUGCAAUAAAUUAUAAGAACCUUAAAACUCAA